GAUUGGCUUUCAGGCUGGCGCCUGUGUCGGCCCCGGCGCCAGUUUCGGGCUGCUUGGCGCGGAAUCGGGAGACUCCGGGACCAUGGCGCCCGUGCACGGCGAUGACUGCGAGCUGGGGUCGAGCGCUGUGUCUGAUUCAGGGAGUUUUGUAGCUUCUCGAUCCCGGCGAGAAAAGAAAUCAAAGAAAGGGCGGCAGGAAGCUCUAGAAAGACUGAAAAGGGCUAAAGCUGGUGAGAAGUAUAAAUAUGAAGUAGAGGACUUCACAAGUGUUUAUGAAGAAGUCGAUGAAGAACAGUAUUCGAAGCUGGUUCAGGCCCGCCAGGAUGAUGACUGGAUCGUGGAUGACGAUGGUAUUGGCUAUGUGGAGGAUGGCCGAGAGAUUUUUGAUGAUGACCUUGAAGACGAUGCCCUUGAUUCCCAUGAGAAAGCAGGAAAAGAUGAUAAAGCACGCAACACGGACAAGAGGAAUGUCAGGAAGGCCGUGGUGACAAAACCGAACAAUAUCAAGUCCAUGUUCAUGGCCAGUGCUGGGAGGAAGAUGGCAGAUAAAGCUGUCGAUUUGUCCAAGGAUGAUCUGUUAGGUGACAUUCUCCAGGAUCUGAACACUGAAACAUCUCAGAUAACUCCACCACCUGUAAUAAUACCGAAGAAGAAAAGAUCCAUUGGAGCUUCACCGAAUCCUUUCUCUGUGCACACCCCCAGGGCAGUUCCUUCAGGAAAAACCGCUUCCCUGGUCUCAAGGAAGGAGGCUUCGUUAACUCCUGUCCCUCUGCAGUGUGCCGCACCCACAGGGGAGCUGGCAGCGCCGCGCACGGAUGACGAGGAGUCUGGGGCAAUGGAGUUUGAAGAUGGUGACUUUGAUGAGCCCAUGGAAGCUGAGGAGAUGGAUGUGGAGCCUGUGGCUGCCAAGACUCGGGACCAAGAGAGGGAGCCAGCAGAGGGGGUGAAGCAGGAGGCUGAUCCUGGGAAAGAGACCACGUCCUACUUAGGAAAUUUGCUCCCAGAUGUCUCUUGUUGGGACAUUGAGCAGGAGGAUGACAGCAGUUUCUCAGCCCCGGAAGUUCAAGUGGAUUCCAGUCACCUCCCACUGGUGAAGGGGGCAGACGAUGAACAAGUAUUUCAGUUUUAUUGGCUGGAUGCUUAUGAAGAUCAGUAUAGCCAACCAGGUGUGGUAUUUCUGUUUGGCAAGGUUUGGAUUGAAUUCGCCAAGACUCAUGUGAGCUGUUGUGUCAUGGUGAAAAACAUUGAGCGAACGCUCUAUUUCCUUCCCCGUGAAACGAAAGUUGAUCUAAAUACAGGGAAAGAAAAAGGAACUCCAGUUACAAUGAAGGAUGUUUAUGAUGAAUUUGACGAAAAAGUAGCAGCAAAAUACAAAAUUAUGAAAUUCAAGUCCAAGGCAGUGGAAAAGAACUAUGCUUUUGAGAUACCUGAUGUUCCAGAAAGAUCCGAGUACUUGGAAGUUAGAUACUCGGCUGAAAUGCCACAGCUUCCUCAGGAUUUGAAAGGAGAAACUUUUUCUCAUGUAUUUGGGACCAACACAUCCAGCUUGGAACUGUUCUUGAUGAACAGAAAGAUCAAAGGACCUUGUUGGCUUGAAGUAAAAAAUCCACAGCUCUUGGGUCAGCCAAUCAGUUGGUGUAAAGUUGAGGCAAUGGCCUUGAAACCAGACCUGAUGAAUGUAAUUAAGGAUGUCAGUCCUCCUCCACUCAUGGUCAUGUCUUUCAGCAUGAAGACAAUGCAGAAUGCAAAGACACAUGAGAAUGAGAUUAUUGCUGUGGCAGCUUUGGUGCAUCACAGUUUUGCGUUAGAUAAAGCCCCCCCGCAGCCUCCCUUUCAAUCACACUUUUGUGUUGUAUCUAAACCAAAGGACUGUAUUUUUCCAUAUGAUUUCAAAGAAAGCAUUAAGGAAAAGAAUGUGAAGAUUGAGGUUGCUGCAACAGAACGAACACUGCUAGGUUUUUUCCUUGCAAAAGUUCACAAAAUUGAUCCUGAUAUCAUUGUGGGUCAUAAUAUUUAUGGAUUUGAACUGGAAGUGCUACUGCAGAGAAUUAACGUGUGCAAAGUUCCUUACUGGUCCAAGAUAGGUCGGCUGAAGCGAUCCAACAUGCCAAAGCUCGGGGGCAGGAGUGGAUUUGGUGAAAGAAAUGCUACCUGUGGCCGAAUGAUCUGUGAUGUGGAAAUUUCAGCAAAGGAAUUGAUUCGUUGUAAAAGCUACCAUUUAUCUGAACUUGUUCAACAGAUUCUGAAAACAGAAAGGGUUGUAAUCCCGGUGGAAAAUAUACGAAAUAUGUACAGUGAAUCUUCUCAUCUGUUGUACCUGUUGGAACACACCUGGAAAGAUGCCAGGUUCAUUUUGCAGAUCAUGUGUGAGCUAAAUGUUCUUCCAUUAGCAUUGCAGAUCACUAACAUCGCUGGGAACAUUAUGUCUAGGACGCUGAUGGGUGGACGAUCCGAGCGUAAUGAGUUCUUGUUGCUUCAUGCAUUUUAUGAAAACAACUAUAUUGUGCCUGACAAGCAGAUUUUCAGAAAGCCUCAGCAAAAACUGGGAGAUGAAGAUGAAGACAUUGAUGGAGAUACCAGUAAACACAAAAAAGGACGUAAGAAAGCAGCUUAUUCUGGAGGCUUGGUAUUGGACCCCAAAGUUGGUUUUUAUGAUAAGUUCAUUUUGCUUCUGGACUUCAACAGUUUAUAUCCUUCCAUCAUUCAGGAAUUCAACAUUUGUUUUACAACAGUGCAAAGAAUUGCUUCAGAGGCACAGAAAGUUACAGAGGAUGGAGAACAAGAACAGAUCCCUGAGCUGCCAGACCCAGGCUUAGAAAUGGGCAUUUUGCCCAGAGAGAUCUGGAAACUGGUGGAGCGGAGAAGACAAGUCAAACAACUAAUGAAACAGCAAGAUUUAAAUCCAGACCUUGUUCUUCAGUAUGACAUUCGACAAAAGGCUUUGAAGCUCACAGCAAACAGUAUGUACGGCUGCCUGGGAUUUUCCUACAGCAGAUUUUACGCCAAACCACUGGCUGCUUUGGUGACAUACAAAGGAAGGGAGAUUUUGAUGCAUACAAAGGAGAUGGUACAGAAGAUGAAUCUUGAAGUUAUUUAUGGAGAUACAGAUUCAAUUAUGAUAAACACCAAUAGUACCAAUCUGGAGGAAGUAUUUAAACUGGGAAACAAGGUAAAAAGUGAAGUGAAUAAGUUGUACAAACUGCUUGAAAUAGACAUUGAUGGUAUUUUUAAGUCUCUGCUACUGUUGAAGAAAAAGAAAUACGCUGCUCUGGUUGUCGAGCCAACAUCGGAUGGGAAUUACAUCACCAAACAGGAGGUGAAAGGAUUAGAUAUAGUUAGAAGAGAUUGGUGUGAUCUUGCUAAAGACACUGGAAACUUUGUCAUUGGCCAGAUUCUUUCGGAUCAAAGUCGGGACACUAUAGUGGAAAACAUUCAGAAGAGGUUAAUAGAAAUUGGAGAAAACGUGCUAAAUGGCAGUGUCCCAGUGAGCCAGUUUGAAAUUAACAAGGCAUUGACAAAGGAUCCCCAGGAUUACCCUGAUAAAAAAAGCCUACCUCACGUCCAUGUUGCCCUCUGGAUAAAUUCUCAAGGAGGCAGAAAAAUGAAAGCUGGAGACACUGUGUCGUACGUCAUCUGUCAGGAUGGGUCAAACCUCACUGCGGGUCAGAGGGCCUAUGCACCCGAGCAGCUACAGAAGCAGGACAAUUUAACCAUUGACACCCAGUACUACCUGGCCCAGCAGAUCCACCCAGUCGUGUCUCGAAUCUGUGAGCCAAUAGACGGAAUUGAUGCUGUCCUCAUUGCAACGUGGUUAGGACUUGACCCCACCCAAUUUAGAGUUCAUCAUUAUCAUAAAGAUGAAGAGAAUGAUGCUCUACUUGGUGGCCCAGCACAGCUCACUGAUGAAGAAAAAUACAGGGACUGUGAAAGGUUCAAAUGUCCAUGCCCUACAUGUGGAACUGAGAAUAUUUAUGAUAGUGCCUUCGAUGGUUCGGGAACCAACAUGGAGCCCAGCCUGUAUCGUUGCAGUAACAUCGAUUGUAAGGCUUCACCUCUAACCUCCGUGGUACAGCUGAGCAACAAAUUGAUCGUGGACAUUAGACGUUGCAUUAAAAAAUACUACGAAGGCUGGUUGAUUUGUGAGGAGCCAACAUGUCAAAAUCGAACUCGACACCUUCCCCUUCAGUUCUCCCGAAAUGGACCUCUUUGUCAAGUCUGCAUGAGAGCCACACUGCGGCCAGAGUAUUCUGACAAGUCCCUGUACACCCAGCUGUGCUUUUACCGGUACAUUUUUGAUGUGGACUCUGCACUGGAGAAACUCACUACCGAUCAUGAGAAAGAUAAAUUGAAGCAGUUUCUUACUCCCAAAGUUCGCCAGGACUAUAAAAAACUCAAGAACACAGCAGAGCAGUUCUUGUCCCAGAGUGGCUACUCCGAAGUGAACCUCAGCAAACUCUUCGCGGAUUGUGCCGUGCGGUCCUGAGGGGAUCCUGGAGGUGGAUGCGGCGGGGGCGGUUGAACGAAGAACCGCAUCCUUGGCACCUGCACUGGGGCCUUGGCUGCUUUUCCUGCCUCACUUUGCCUUUGGAACUGCGUUUCAUGUUUGUGUAGCUGUGGCUUGGGAGGGGAGAUUGUUAAGGGAGACUGCAAAAAUAUUUAAUAUACCAAGCGUCAAAGAAGAUCACAACCGCCUUCCUCUGACAGUAUACCUCGUGCUCUUGAAACCCCACUGGAGAGCUGGCUGCCGUGCAUUCAGGACUGGGUUUCUAGGGGAGGGCUCUGUGUGAGAAGAGAAAUUAACUGAGUAUGGCUGGGACACAAGUGCCCCCAGGCUUGACCCCCAAGACCUUCAGCAGAGGCGCCCCCAGAAAGAGGGGUUCAAGGAACCUGGUAGGAGGGCUAACACUUUGCCUUUUCGUGCACCAGUUAAACCCAGCUGUCUCCCGGCUGCUGGCUCCAAGAGCGGCUGCCCUUUUCAGUCUCUUUCAUAUAGAUAGCCAAGGCGGGAGACGUAGAAGCCUUGCACUUACUAAAUAGAUUACACAGAGCUCACUUGUUUAUUGAAUCGCUCCAAAGCCCAGCACGUACAAGCACAUGCACACUGGGCGGCGGUGUUACACUCACCUUCCUUUUUUUUUCUCUCAAGUAGAAAAUCCUGGUAAAGAUUUAUGCAAUAGGAAAGCACAUUUUAAAUAAUUUGAUACCCUGUGACAUUUCAUUUUAAAUGUGUAGAAGUUGGGGUGAGGGUCAUUGUGUUAUAUUCAGAAAAUCAGGGGGAAGAAUGGUUAAUCAGCCUUGGUGCUGUUUUUUCCUUUCUUCAGAACAGUGCCUUUUUGUCAGAAGCCAAACAUACGUCAGUAUAGCAGUCUUUCCUUUCUUACAUUCUUGGUAAGAUUAUACUCACAAAACAUUUCCCCUUGCACAACUAUGCUAUAUAUUUUUUAAAUCUAUGUAUUUUCAUAAGAGAAGCAUAUGCUGUGCUCUUUCUUUUUUCCGCUUCAGAAUAAAGUUUUCUAAAGGGAACCCAGUUGCAGUGACUCUUUAUCAGGUGCAAAGAGUGGACCAGAGGGGCAGCCAGGUGUAAGGGCUGACAGGCGGCCAGCCCCUUCCAAAACCUCAGCGCGUUUAGAACUCACCUCAGAGAUGCACGGUGUGAUGUAUGUCCCAGGGUUUUGAGUGGCAUUUCCGUGGACUUCGGGUCCUUCAAGAGAUGAAAUAUGGCUUCUUGUGGGCUUUGCUGACUUGUGGGGAGAGCAAGGCUGAUGACUCCUGGGAGAACGGCCCCCACUAGAGAAAGGUCACCCGGCACGGCCCCUAGUGAAGGCUUGUUAAGCAGCAGAGAUGACGCCGCCCUUUAUCUUGCUUGGCCUUCUUUUUUCUGUCCCUCACCCUUUCCUCCUUUCUCCUCUGUCUCUUACACUCGGGUUCUGGGUAGAAACACUUUGGGUUUAUGGCUCUGUCAGUUAAUUCAUGCCAUGAUACCUCAGGCCUUGUGACCUGUCAGAAGUUGGAGCACCCAAGCUGCUCCAGGAAACUCAGGCUUAGUGUGGUUUUUAUUUGCUCUUACCGCACAGGGUUACAAAGCCGGUUCUCCAAUGUGUGCUCCCUGAGCCCGUGCCCCGACUUUGCUUUCUGAAGAGAAGGCAUAUUUUCCUUGAUUUCUGGGACCUCGGGUUAUGUAAAUACAAAUAAAGUGUUAUCCUGGACUUGCUCCAUUAGAC